AUGGCAGAUGAUAGGCAGCUUCAUGUGGUGAUGUUCCCUUGGUUUGCACAAGGCCAUAUAACACCCUUUCUAAACCUAGCCAAGAGCAUCCUCACUUCUGGCCACAGAAUUUUGUUCUUCUCAACUCUGGUUAACAUUGAAUGGAUUAAAAAGAAGAUAGUGCCUAGAAUUGAGUUAGUGGAGCUCCAAUUGCCAUUCGUGGAUGGUCUGCCUGCAGGUGUUGAGUCCAUGAUAGGUUUAUCCAAGAUAGGAAGAACUGACUUAGUGCCACUUCUCUUCCAAGAGAUAGAUCUUUGUGAGCAGCCCUUUGGAGCGCUGUUGAAACUGCUUUCGCCAGAUUUCGUCAUAUUUGAUGCAACACUAUGGUGGACUUCUUGGGUUGCUAACAAAAUGGGUGUUCCCACAAUAAAUUUCAUAGCAUUUGACAUUGCAGCCAUGAGUUUUGCGAAAGGAUAA